CGUCCCCCAGCUCAUCACACUCAGACCUCACAGGGGACACAACAGCAUGAAGUCCGUGGCUGCCCUCCUGCUCGUGGGGAUGCUCAUCCUCUGGACAGAGCUGCCAGCAGGCUCCGCCUGGUCCUGCCCGCCUGUCCAGAUUACCUGCGCGAUGGCCAACCCCCCGAACCACUGCUAUGUUGAUUGGCAGUGCCCACCGUCCAAGAAGUGCUGCAAGUCCUUCUGUGGAAUGAGAUGCAUGUCUCGCCCACCUGCUAUCCCGAUCUUCCACGCGUGAGCUGCAGUUCCCAGGACUGGCCGAGGGAGUCCGCAGCAUCCCGCGCCAGCCAGCCGCACUGACCUCUGCCAAGGAUUGCCCUGCCCCAUGCCAGGUGCCAGGAGGAUGGGGACGGCGCUAGCCCACGCUCUGCUGUGCUCUACGUCCGCCUCGGCUCUCAGACCACCUCGCUGCCGGCUGCCGCCUGGCGCUGCACGCUGCUUUCUCACCCCCAUGACCUCUCUCUCGGCUCCCUCGUUGCUGGUAUAACUAAUAAAGGAGCUUGUCCCAGGAUUA